UAAUUCUAUUUGCCUAUAUUUCAUUUUGAAUUCUAGUUACCUGCAAUGCCCAAUGGCCAAAGUUAGUUUAGUUUUUGUGAAGUUAAUUCAAACCUGUGACUGAUAAUAAUUCUUACUAUUAUCAUGAGUACUCAAAGCAUACAUCGUACUCCAUCAGCUUCCGAAUCUGUAUCUAAAGAUUCAGACUGCAUUGAGAUUAGUUUGGCACAAGAGCCAAAAUCAAAAACCGUUGAACCACCGGACGGUGGUUAUGGUUGGGUUAUUGUAGCUGCUGCAUUUGUUGGACAUGGAUCUAUAUUAUACAAUGCCCGCGCGGUUGGAGUUCUGUUAUUGGAUUUAAAAAACGAGUUUGAAACGCCAUAUGCAAAUCUGAAUAUUUUGUUUUCAUUGCUGAUCGGAUGCAUCUACAUAGCAGCUCCCAUCGUCAGCAUAUUCGGCAAUCGUUUUGGAUCACGAGCAACAGCAAUUGUCGGUGGAUUGCUGCAAUUUAUCGGAAUAUGUGGUGCUGCUUUUUCAAAGUCGAUGGCAUUCACUCAUAUAUUCCUGGGACUUAUAACAGGUCUCGGAUUGAGUUUUUCCGCAAUGCCACUUUCGGUAGAAGUUGGAAGAUACUUUUCAAAACGGCGAUCGCUUGCGCUUGGCGUACAACAAAUCGGUCCCUCGGUUUUUCAAAUGAUUUCCCCACCGAUCACCCAGUAUCUGAUUGACUGUUACGGAUGGAGAGGAGCUUUGCUAAUUACUGGGGCGUUAAACCUCAACGUUGUAGCCUGUGGGGCAGCUCUCAGACCUAUUCACCUUAAAUCCGAUUCGGAGACUAAAGACGAGAAAGGAAAGAAAAAGCUUCUCGAUAUGAGUAUUUUUAGGUCCAAAAAGUUUAUUAUGUAUACCGUGACACUGUCUAUUCUGAGCCCUUCUUUGUUUAUAAUGGGUUAUUACUUGGUCGCUUAUGCAAAAAUACAUCAAGGAUUUUCAGAAUAUGAAGCAGUUUUCCUUCUUACUCUAUCUGCGAUUUUCAGUCUGGCUGCUCGUCCAAUUACUGGAUUUAUUGAGAGCUACACGAGAUUUACUUGUUUUACAAUGAUGACUUUACUCAGUGGAACUACAGCAUUGUGUUAUCUUAUAUAUCCGUUUCUGAAGUCUUACUGGAUGUCUUCUAUAAUACAAGGAAUUUUUGCAUUUGGAGUAGGAGGGAUCAGUCCAAUGAUGAUUUCUGGAUUGACGGACAUUGUUGGUCCAAGUCGACUUAUGUCAGCAUUUGGAAUUCAAGGAAUUUCUGGAGCAGCGACUUCAAUGCUAACUCAACCAUUCGUCGGCUGGUUAUCGGACGUUUUUGAGACUUUGAGCGUUGUCAUGUGGACGGGAUUUGUGCUUAUGACAAUUUCAACAAUUCUUCUAUUAAUUUAUUGCUUUGUUUUUCAUUCAUUCGUAAAUAACUUGAAAAAAUCUAGUAACAAAUAAAAAAAAAAUAACUGUGCGUGUAA